AAAAAGUUUGUUUUAUGGACGAGUGUUAUUGCAGUCCCAGACGCGGCCAGAGGGGCGCUGUGAAGCGUAGGAAUGGCUUCCUGAGGCACCGCGUCUCACCCAAGCUGAAGCUAAACAGUCUUUAGAAGAGGCGGUCUGACUCUGGGUGGCGAGGUUUCUGCCGGUUCCCUCUGAAUGUCCCGCCAGCAGCAGGAACAUGGCAGAUGACAAGGAUGUGCUGCGGGACGUUUGGUUUGGUCGCAUUCCGGCGUGUUUCACUCUGAACCAGGAUGAGGCCACGGAGAGGGAGGCCGAGCCCUACUAUCUGCUGCUGCCCCGCGUCAGCUACCUGACUCUGGUCACCGAUAAGGUGAAGAAGCACUUCCUGAAGGUGAUGAAGGCUGAAGACGUGGAGGAGAUGUGGUUUGAGUACGAGGGGACGCCGCUGAAAUGGCAUUACCCCAUCGGUGUUCUGUUCGACCUGCACGCCUCCAGCACCAUCCUGCCGUGGAACAUCACAGUGCACUUUAAGAACUUUCCUGACCGCGACCUACUGCACUGUCCGUCCAAUGCUGUGAUCGAAGCUCACUUUAUGUCCAGCAUCAAGGAGGCCGACGCACUAAAACACAAGAGCCAGGUGGUCAACGACAUGCAGAAGAAAGACCACAAGCAGCUGUGGAUGGGGCUGCAGAACGACAAAUUUGACCAGUUCUGGGCCAUGAACAGGAAGCUGAUGGAAUAUCCUGCGGAGGACGGGGGCUUCAGGUUCAUCCCCUUCAGAAUAUAUCAGACACUCAGCGACCGACCCUUCAUCCAGAAACUGUUUCGUCCUGUUUCCCCUGAAGGCAACACACGCACGCUGGGAGACCUGCUGAAGGAGACCUACCCUGCUGCUGUAGCCAAAGAUGGUGAACCGAAGCGCUACCAGGUGCUGGUCCACGGAAUCGAGCCACUGUUGGAGACUCCGCUGCAGUGGCUGAGCGAGCAUCUCAGUCACCCUGACAACUUCCUGCACGUCUGCGUGGUGCCCACCCCCACCGACUGAGGCUCCGCCUACCCACGGGACCUUCAUGGCAAGGAAGAAGACGUAGUAACGCCGCCGCUCUGACGCAGGUACCAUGUGCCCUCAUUGUCGGGGGAUGCGGUCGUAUCAAUCUUGCUCCACCCACAGGUUUGAGAUGAAGACUAUACGUAUAAGGUCUGAAGUGGUGGGCGGGGCGUCACAGUGGGCGGCGCCUUGUUUCUCCGCUUGAACGCGUCUGUUUUUUUUUUUGUGUUGACUUGCGCUCGGGCAACUGGAAACACGAUGGCAGCAUCGCUGAAGGUAGCGGUUGAAAAUGCUCAGGUUAGCAGCAAAAAGGCUUUACUGAUUUUAAAUCUUCUGGAGCCAUUUAGUUCGAAAUCGGAGCAGAUGACGUGGGACUGUAGAAGAAAGGUAUUCGGGCCAUUUUUUAAAAAUAAAUUCUUUUCACACUGAAACUUUCCGCCUUCAGAACCCAGCCUGCUGCUGCCCUGCUUUGGUUCUUGCAGAAGUGACUCUGCCUCCAUUUUCAUUUAACUGACAUCAAUGUUAAGCUAUGGAUGGCAGAAACCACUUCGAACCAAACGCCUUGAGUUUGCUGCGGCAAACCCAAAAUCAGAGAUUAUUUUUCCCAUUUGUAAAGUGAAAACGUAGCGUGGAAAGAGCAUAACUAUGAGAACCCGUUAAAACCGUAGUGAUUCUUUUAUUGUUCCUGUGUUACUUUGGCGUGAUCAAAGUGGUUCCUUCAGGUGAACUUUGAGGAUUGUGAAUUAAAUUAAAGCAUAAUUUGGUCCUUUUUUUAUGAAUGUAAUCACGUGAAGAUUUUUUUAAAGAAUCAUUUUCUAUUUUUUUUUACCCGCAUCACAUGAAAGCUUUUCCCGCCGACCCAAAUCAAACCUGGUGACCGACAUCAGUGGUUAAAGUAGACUUCAUGACGGACCCCUGUUGCUCACUCCAGUGACUGUUUGGAGAUGUUCGGGACUGUUGGACUCAAGCGUGACCUCGGUGUUGGACUCUAGUUGGAUUAUGUUUGGUACCGGGGCUUUUAAAGGGACACUAACCUGAUGCUUGACGGGUUUUUAUAUUUGUUCUAUUAACACGAGCUGAAAUAAAGUUGUUUGAUUAAGUUCUGGAUUUUGUAUCUCAUGGGUAACGUGAGAAGAGACCCUCCGGUGAGAAGAUGAUCUGAUGGACCUGGGACAUCUUUCCAGAUCUUUAAGGACUCAUAUCCCUCAAAAGGACCUUCAGGAGCUACGGAGCUUUUGGCAGAGUUUCACUUUUAUUUUGCCUUGCUGUGUCUCAAAAACCUUCAAAGCCUUGAAGACACCAGAGCCCCUCAAGAGAGUCUCUAAAUUCAAGAUGCAACAAGUUCAUGGAAGACUGACGGACCUUUAAGAAAAAUAUCUCAAAAGUCAUAUUAAGAGCCAAGAUCAAAGGGUUGGCUACACCUGGAUUAAACCUGGACACGCUGAGACUCACUGACUGCCUCCUGAGACCCUUAGAAAACAUCAUGCUGGGUUUCUAAGACUCUUUCAGAUCAGUUAAACGUUGGACAGCAUCUGCAGCCCGUUAAAGACCUGUGAAACCUUCAAACCUCCAGUGUAUCAAGACGCCUCUGUGAAGACGUUGCAGCCCUCCAAACUCCAGGGUACUGGAGGAGACCGACGUGGGAACGUGAAUCGACUUUCUUCUCCAGCUGUCUCACCUGAGUCCUCAUCACGCCGCUUUAUGAGCCGCCGACAUCUGAUCCGGCUCACGCUGGCCCCUCGUGAUUAUAGGUGACACACACACAUACACACCUAAUUGAAAGUGUAUGUUGUCGAUGAUGUCACUAUCAUUCCAUUACAGCGCUGAGAUGGCUGCUUUACGAUGUUGACUCAGAUCGGGUGCUUGAUGUGGGGUCAAGUGUGUGUGUGUGUACGCGCGCGCUGAUGAUAAAUUCCUGACGCACAACAGCUUACAGGAUCUCCCAGAGCCGCCGUCUGAACUCACGCCCGAGACUGUAGGUUCAAUUGUUUACAGGAGUGAAGCUGAAUGAUUGACAGUUCCAGGCUCCAAGGCGAGGUUUAUCACCGAUUAGUCGCCACACAAUUCAGGCAUUUUAUGCAAUAUUUAAAAAUAAAAUAUAAAGCAAAUAUGAAUAUUACAAAUAAGUGAUUUAUCAUUUCAUAUUUUGAUACAGACCAAAAGAGUUGUCGGCCCAGAUGAGCUCAGCUUGGGACAAAAUCGACAAAACACUUUCGAUCAAAAGAUUUUUUUUAUGGGCCAGUUAAUUGUUUGUGUCGCCGUGGCAACCGCAAACAGACAACUUUACUGGACAGCAGAUCCUUAACGGAUUCCCAGAAAUCACACACACACACACACACACACACACACACACACACACACACACACACACACACACACACACACACACACACACACACACACACACUCACUCACAGAACCAGACGGGCCAGUGAGUGUCGGAGCAGCAAGUUAGUGGUCAGAGGGAGAGUUUGUGUGUCUGUGUGUGUCAGUCUCUUGGGGGUCACAUCCUCCUCCUGUUGUGUAUCAGGCAGUAAAGUGAAGAUCAAGCAGAUCAACAGACGCGAGUGAUUAGUGAAGAGGUCGAGUCAUCGCACAAACACACUCCCACAUAUAUAGAAACAAUUGUACACAAAGACGCGCACAUGAGAAGUGCACCCACUCGGGGGUCUGUUUGGUCAGAGCAGCGAGCUGAACUGGAAAUGAGAUGUUCAGUCACUUCCAGUCACACACACACACACACACACACACAGAUACACAAAGACAGCAUACAACAUGUUAUUAAGUCUGUCGCCCUCUAAUAGGUGAUGGACGCAGGAAGUAGACGGAGGAGUGCUUUGAUCUCUCCUUCCCUCUCUCACUCACACACACACUCACACUAUUAUUAAUAAACACUGUCUCCUUGUUGUCGAGACAUGACGUGUGUGUUAUGGAUGGUUGAGCGAUGGAAGUGAGUGCUUCAUGUCGACUUUCACCAUCCGCCUCAUUCUUCUUUCUUCAAGCCACUUCUCCCCGUCGUGCUGAAGUCGGGUCUUGGAACAGGAAUGUUCAACAUGUCGGAGUCACGAUCAGACAAAACAAGUUCACUUUCCUCCAUUAAAUGUCUCGUCCUUAUAUGGUCGCAGUCGAGCUGGCGCGUCUCCGGUUGCUAGCUUCUUAGCUCGGCAAAAGUGUUUUUCACCCUUGCAGUCCAUGAUAAUCUACUGUUCUGCUUUUACUCCAAACACUGUUGGUGGUGAAUUAUAACAAUGAUAUAUUAUUUGAUCAAACGGUGUUUAAACAUUUGUUGAAUUACAAAAGUUAAUAAAAGACAAACACAUGCUUAUGUUAGUCUAUAAAAACUCAUUUUAUCUUGCAUAUAAAAUCCUAAAGCCAUUUUAUAAAACAAAAUCUGAAAUAAAAUUGUUGUAAAAUCUGAUUGUAUUUUCCUUUAUUUAGAAAGUGUUGUAAUUACGUUCUUUUAAUUGAAUUUUUUGUUAUGAGUUGUUGUGAAGAGGAGAAACAACCUUAAAAAAUGAGCUGAGCUCGGAAAUAAAUCUGUUGCCCGUUUAAGAAAGUGAGAUGCCUUGUGUAGUUGAAUCUCCUCCCGCCAGCAGGGGGUGCUGUGAGUACAGAAUCGUGUGAAGUCGUGGUCAUUCUGGUCAGAAUGAAAUGCUAAGAUAGACGAGUGUGUUUGUGCAGAAGAAGACACCAAGUCGCAGUUUAGAUUAAAGCAGUGAACAUUUUAAAGAUCAUAAUUUACACUUGACAUUUUUGCACAUAAAUAAAGGUCGUAAACCAGAAAU